CUAUGGUUGAUGCUUUACUAAAAUGGCGGCGGCUUUAGUAGCAACUUCUUCAGGCAAAGAUGCUUUAGCCGAGGGGUUGCUCGACCUCCUGAGACCAGCUAUUCAGCAGCUCGAUUUGCAUGUACACUCAGUCAGAGAAAGCCAGGUCGAAUUAAGAGAACAUAUAGACAAUCUGGCCACAGAAUUAUGCCGGAUAAAUGAACAUCAGAAGGUGGCGCUAGACCUGGACCCUUAUGUAAAGAAGCUGCUGAAUGCCAGGCGAAGAGUAGUGCUAGUAAACAACAUACUGCAGAAUGCCCAGGAACGUCUGAGGCGACUCAACCACAAUGUGGCCAAAGAGACGGCACGAAGAAAGACUAUGCUGGAGGCUUCAGGAGUGUUCACCUCCCGCUCCCCCAGUAAACCUUGAGCCUCCUCCUCCGUUGACUGUCCUGCACUGCUUUGUCUGAUGUUGCCAUAAUAGAAAUCUGGGCUGCUAUAUGUUUACUGUUAGACAGCUGCAAAACGGCAAAAUCCAACAAAAGCAACUUUACACUACCACCAGACCAUACAUUGAUUCUACAAAUGAGAAAUCUUAGUACGCAUGAGCAAAAUGUAAAAAAACAAAAACCUGUAAUGUCACCUCAUCAUGCGGGAUAGAUGAAGACACUUCAGCCUGAGCAAUCUUGGACCAAAAUAACCGAUCCUUGUUUUGCUGCUGGAAGCAUUGUUCUUUAAAAUGUCAGCCAGUUAUCAUGCCUACUCUCUGGCUGUGGGAGGUGGUUGUUCACAAAUGUGAUUUGAAAAGCUCUCUAUGAAUUGAAAGGUAAAGGCUCUGUUACUCAGUGAGUCAGCAUCCGACGGGUUAAACUCAGCUGGCACUGGCAGGGGUUUAGAACACCUGAUUGCGGUGUCAAAAUGAACACCACAACAAUGGCAACAUCAUGUAGCACACUCAUGGAUGUAUUAAGAUAUACAUACAUACAUACAUGAGGGCAUAUAAAUAGGCAUGUGUGGUGUGUGCGGGAUCAAUGGGAUUGUUGUUUAAUUGGCAUUGCUGCCUAUUGGGAACUGCAGUGUUUCCAUUCUUGUUCCCAUUCCACAUUGACAGUCAACACAUAAAUGUAUAUACACUGACAGUGAUGUGUGUAGAAUUCUUGAGAUUCUUAGCCUUGACAGCAAUUUGAUGACCAAAUGCAACAUUGAUGAUUAAUUUAGUUGUGACUCUCUGUGAAACCGUUUUUCCCAAUCUGAAAACCUUAUCUUGACAGAACAUGUCUGCUUGCACUUGUGAUAGUAUUAUUAAGUAAUAUUGUAAAUAAUUCAGUCAA